GCUAAGGCACGGAGAAAAGGAUUCAACUCCAAACCCUGCGAGCUAGAGGGCAAAUAAUUUCUUUCAGAUUCUAUUCCUCCCUCCAUUUCUUUCUUCAAAUUCAAAUAAAGCUUUCGAUGUGAGAACCGAAUCACGCGAUCCCCAUCUCAUCUCUCGCCUCCCUCGUCUCUAUGGAUGAUUUCGAAGCCCCAUCGUUCUCUCUGGGAAUUGAUCUCGAUUUCGAUUCAGAGCCCAGAGCUGUCCCCAGAGAAGAAUCCGCCUGCAAACAAGCUUCAGAAUCAUCAAGCAAUGUAAGCUUCGAGGUUCUUGGAGACGAUUACGGUUUCCAAUUUCAAACCCUAGAAUAUCCACCUCCUGUUCUCAAGCGCCUGAAGCGAGGGCCAGCGACUCAGUUGCCUGCUGUUAGUAAGGGACAACCUGUGCGACCGUCACUGGAUGUUGAUGAUGAUAUCGAAGAGCUCUCAUCGCAGGAGGAACCACGUAGAGGAGAAACUGUUAGAUGUUCAGCAAUACAAAACCAUUCUGUGAGUAACAGUUCAAAGUUUCAAUUGCAUAGCCGCAGCGUCCUAACUGGACAAUCAUUAAGCAAGAAUAAAGUGCGGAAAUGCACACAAGCAUCAAUUGUCUCAACUUCUGCAAAUUUGGAGGAAGAUGAGAGCAAAUUGAUGUUUCCCAACUUAACUCUCAGUCCUCUCAGAAGAUUCCAGCUGCUUGAUUCUGAUUCAGAUGAGCCUUCUACUAGUGAAUACUUGCAACAAAAUACUGAUAAGAAUGAUACUCCUGCAAAAGAAAGACACUGUAAUCCAGGCCAAUAUAUGACUGGGAAUCAACCAAAGAGGCCUAUUGCUUCUGCGAGUAAUUUUCCAGCUGAGGAUUUAUGGAAAGAUUUUAGUCCAAAGAAGAAUCUAAGUAUUCCAACACCAGCUCUGGAUGAGUUUUGUGAUGAAUACUUCAGAUCAGUGAAGGAUAAGAAUGUAGCACAGAUGGAGAAAGGUCUAUCUGUCAGUAGCUCCGAAGGUUAUCAGAAGAGUAGUAUCAGUGAAAAUGUCACACACUGUGGGAAUCUGCCAAGUCCACCUCCUGCAUAUCAGUAUUUUUACCAUGAGGACCCAAGGAUCCAGAAAUUAGUACGUGAUCGGUUACCUAACUUCUUCCCUCUUGGUGAUGUUAAUAACAGAGGGCACCAGCAAUUUGAUGGACCAAUCAUUGAUUACAGGAAUCAGUUUGUUCACAGAGUCUGUCAGCCAAAUGAUGGUGAAGGGAACAAGGCUCUUGAAGGGGGUUCAAAAAGAGGCAAAAGGAAGGUCAACAGUUCUAAUGCUAAAGAGGUCUCACAACUAUCUGAGGAGUGGGUCAACCCCAAAAACACUGCCUGCAAGCCAAAAAGUGCUGGCAAAAGACGAGUAAAUUCAAAAGGCCAUUCUGCUGGUCAUUGGUACACAGGCCAGGAUGGAAAAAGGGUAUACGUCUCUAAAAGUGGACAAGACUCGACAGGGAGAACUGCCUACAUGCGUUACAGGAAGGAGAGUGGAAAAGGAUUGAAAAGGUCAAGGAAGAGAGCUUCUGCCAAGACAAAAUCAAAACGAUGAGUGUUUACUCCAAGAUUUUGCCAUAUAAUGUGUUGAUAUCAGGGUUUCAAAAAUCAGAGGAUUGGAUUGGUCGGCUGAUCCUGAUUCUAACAAAUCCCCUUCCGAAAACUAGGUUUAAGGGCAUAUUUGAGCCAAUUCUUACUGAUCUUGACUGACCCAUUUCCUGAUUCCAGGUUUUUAAACUCUGGUUGAUAUUUCAUGAUGGUAUGUUCGAAUCAUUUAUAAUUCUUGUGAAAAAACAAUGUUCUUUCACAUUAAAUUUAUUACAUUUUCUUGUAUUAUCUCA